UGGUGGUGAAGUGGUGUGUGUACAAUUGCAGUUUUUGAGCGAACAUGCCCCAAAAAAGUGCAAUAUCCUCUUGAUUAAUUCGAUGGCCACUUUAAAACGGAUGUUAAUAAUUCAACUGCUGCAGUUUUGGAAAGAAAUCGGCCAGUAAAAAGCGGAAUUGAUUUAACAACAGUGGCCUUUUUGCUCUGAGGUCAUGGAGAUUUAUGGUCGGUCUUGAAAAGGCAAUUUUUCUGGAUUUCCGAGGAAAAUUACAGCUAUAUUGUUACAUCACCGUUCUUGGUGACAAAUUAACCCAAAUUAGGCUGAUUGUGUGAUUAGUGUCCCAUGGAAAUAUAAGGCUCUGUGAAACUUCCUUGAUAUUUAUGGAUCUAGUUAAGAUGGGAGCCCUCUUGUUUCCCUUUUGCAAUAAUUUAAGACACAACCAGGAGGCUGCAACCAGGAGGCCGCGUCUUUAGAGAUACAUGUUUACAAUUUCUAAUGGACAAGGGUAUAUGGAUUAAUUUUUAGGACGGUUCAACUAGAGGAAGAUGAACUGCCGUACAGGAAGGGCAGCAGCGCCACCAUCCGUUCUGAGGGCACCGGCACACAGUACUAUGCCAAGCGUGGAAUUUUACCUUCCUACGAUGGGGAGGAGCCUAUGCGUGGAUCUCGCCCGGUCAGCACAGCCAGCAACAGUAGCAUGAGAGUCCGUAGACUGUCGAGCCUGACGGAUGACAAUACAAGGUUUCCAAAGCUACAAGAUUGUGCUCACUUCCAUUACGAUAUAGUAGACAUCAACUCAUUAAAGGUGUGUCUAUGCGACGAGGACCAGGAACAGUACCACCACAGCAGCGACCAUUCCAAGCACUUCUACCUGAAAAUCUCCUCCAACAAUCGAAUCUGGCUUGCCCGCCGCACGCUCAAGAACUUUCGCAUGCUCGACACUAAGCUACACAGAUGCAUUUUUGACAGGAAGUUCAGCCAUCUUCCUGAUCUGGCCUCCAUUGAGAAAGAAAAUAUUUCUGAUCAGGAGUUAACGGAGCUAGUGCGGGACUAUCUGAACCGGUUUUCAUCUCUGGCUGGGAGUAUGCUCAACUGUGGAUCUGUACUCAACUGGCUAGAGAUUGACAAUCGUGGAAACCGCCUGAUGGCCGUGGAUGACAGUGGCAUCAACACUCCUGCCAUAGCAGCCGCCCACGCCAUUAAACGGUACACUGCGCAGGCCGUGGAUGAAAUCUCACUUGAGGUAGGGGACAUUAUUUCUGUGAUAGAUAUGCCGCCAACAGACGAUACCAUAUGGUGGAGAGGGAAACGUGGGUUUGAGGUUGGGUUUUUCCCAUACGAGUGUGUGGAGGUGAUUGGAGAUAAAGUGCCGCAGGCCGUGGUCAGUGGGGUCCCAGAAACACCCCAAAAUAGGGCAUUACUGAAGAAGCACGGGAAGUUCAUCUCAUUCCUGCGACUAUUCUUCAACACGCGGCCAGAGCGUAUACAGCUGAAGCAGUCUGGGAUCGUGAAGGAGCGAGUGUUUGGAUGUGACCUUGGAGAGCACCUCCUGAACUCAGGACAUGAUGUACCACUGGUGUUGAAGAGCUGUGCAGAGGUAAUUGAAAGUCAUGGCCUGGUGGAUGGGAUCUACAGGCUGUCAGGAAUCACCUCUAAUAUACAGAAACUCAGACUGGCGUUUGAUGAGGACCGGGUACCGGAUCUGACGUCAGAGGAGUACCUCCAAGACGUCCACAGUAUCUCGUCUCUUCUGAAGAUGUACUUCCGUGAACUCCCCAACCCCCUGCUCACGUACCAGCUGUAUGACAAGUUCGCUAAUGCCGUUAAAGAUGAAGAGAACAAGUUGUUACGUAUCCAUGAUGUGGUGCAGCAGCUGCCGCCGCCCCACUAUCGCACCACCGAGUACCUGAUGCGCCACCUUGCGCGCGUAGCGGCACAUUCACACGAGACUGGCAUGCAUUGCAAAAACCUCGCCAUUGUUUGGGCACCCAAUCUCUUGAGAUCUAAGGAGCUUGAGACAGGGGGUGGGGCUGCUGCCCUCCAGGGGGUUGGAAUACAGGCUGUUGUAACAGAGUUCCUUAUUGUGUAUGCUGAUAUACUCUUCAGUGACAAGAUGCCUUCCUACUCUUCACCAGAACUGAGAAAAACCCAGAAGAAGCCCCGCCCCAAGUCCCUGGCCAUCUCGACCCCAACUCGUCUCCUGUCUUUAGAGGAAGCCAGAGAGCGGGCCCUCUUGGGUAGUUUCGUAAAGCCUGACCAGAGGUACAUCGACGUGGGUGGUGGGCCCCAGAACCUCCCAUCAAAGUACCACACUGUUAUAGACCUGCCGGGAUACAAAAAGAAAGGCAGUAAAGACAAGGGGAAGAAGUCUCCCGGAGGGCUGAAAUCUCUCUUCACGAAAUCACGCACUGGCAGUGUACGAUCAAAGGGGCGUAAGCCUGGCAGUAUACAUGAAUCUCUCAACUUUGAUAUCGGAGAUCGGAAAGCCAUCACAGAGGAAGACGUGCAGCACUGGAAGCGUCGACGUCUACGCAGUGCAAAGAGCGCAGAAUCCCUUCUGUCUCUACCAAUCACAAGUCGCCUCGGAAGCCCACUCAGUGAAAGUCUGGAUCCUAACAGACUCAUGAUCAUACUGGCAGGUAAGCAGGAUGGCAGCCCAACCAAGAAGUACAGUCGCUCCGUAUCCGUGGAGUCCCCCAAAUCUCUCAUAAACUCCGGGGAUUACUCCUACUCCUACCCUUCAUUUGUCCUGGACGAUGACUCAGACUGCCGGGAAAUGGCCAUUGAUGUGAAUCCUAAAGAUAUUGAGCUGGACUUCAGCAAGGAGAAUGAACCUCAAAGUGAUCGGGAGAAAUCCGAGAGCCCUGACGGUGUACGUCGCAAGCAGUCCUUCAUACGAGAUGAUAAAAAACGUCGUGUGAUCUGCCACCGGCGUGUCCCUUCUGCCCCCACGACCCCUCGUUAUGACCAGCGCUCCAGCUGUGAGGACUCCAGUGACUAUGAGAUGGCUGAUAAAUGCACCUCGCAGCCUGCAUUGGAGAGUAGGCCAUUUACAGGAGUGGGGAGUGCGCGAAAUGUGAGCAGUGGGCGGAAAAUGUCAGGAGAGAGUGAACACUUUUAUGUGCACAGGAUAAUGUCUCCAAAUGUUGUGGAUAACAGUAAUGAGAGACUGUUGGAAGAUAAUGGAGCGGAGAAAAGGAAGGGGUCGAAAACUCCUCCUAAAGAUAGAAAGAAACUCAAAGAAGCCAAAGAUAAAAGCCCGUCUUUUGAUGGGAUUCAUAGUGAUGCUCAGGAUGGGAGUAGAUUCAGGAGAGCUAGUGAACCGGAGAUGCAUGUUGGUGAUUCCAAAGGAUCGAAAACUGAAAUAAUUAAAGAGCUUCCUGAAAGUCCCGGAACGAGAAGAAAACUUUGGGGUUCCUCACCGUCAAAAAGUGAACAGCUGAUUCCUAGUUCCUCAAAAACUGAGGAACAGACUUCCAAAUCUAAGUAUAAGGUGGUUCGUAGAAAUCAUGACUAUGCAGAGAUUGAUGAAAGUAAAAUGAUUGAGAUGGUUGAAGCAAGGACUAACUUGUCUUCCAGUAGUGACACGAAUAUUGAUAGUGCCCACCAUUAUCGUGUAGAAAGUAUUAAUAGUGUGAAAAGUGAAUCUCAAAAAGACGCUAGUGCUUCAAAUAGAGUACUUGAGACAGACUUUCCUGCAGAGUCAUCUGUUGAGGAUUUAAACAGUGAUGAAAGUGCUAGGGAAAGAACAAGUGAUUUAUUAACGGAAAUUACAAAACUGGAGCAGGGACUUCAGAGUUUUCCAAAGAGUAAAGCAGGAAAAUCUAUGACAAAGUGUGUCAGUAUUCCUUCAGAUAUACAAAAAUCUCUAGAAAAUAUUCGGAGUCAUAGCGGCAGUCACUCGGAUAUAACUUCCUCAUUAACAAUAAGUGAAUUGUCAGUCUCGCAAGACAAUGUGUUUUCUGGUAACGGGAGUGAUAGUAAUGGUUUGCAUGGGGAACGUAGGAGAAGGAGUACCUCUCUUGAUGGAUUAAAUGAUGAAUCCCCAAUGAGUCGGACUCUUAAAGAAAUAAACGCACAGAUAGAUCAAGCGUUUAAAAGUGAAAAACAUAAAGCACAGACUUUGAAAGAGAUGCAGGCUGCACAUAGAGCGUGUAUGAAUAAACAAUCAAGUUUUGAAUCAGAGACAAUGCCUUAUGAUGAUGAACUGAAUGUUACGCCCACUGGCCAUAGGCGAUUUGGAAGCAUGAGGGAUACCGAUGCACACUCCCCUGUUUCAAGGCGGUCAAACACAAGUGUUAAUUCUGAAACUGCUGAUCACCAGAAAGAUCCUAUGCAAGACCAUGGUAACCAGUAUGUGGAAAGGCCUAAAUCUGAAAUUCACAUAGUGGAUGCUCCUGAUGUGAUAAAGGCCCCAGUGCGGCACAGUAACCAGGCAAUGGAAGUGCCUGUUACCAUGACAACGCCCACCAGACCCUCUCCCCCACAAUCACUGGAUAUCGUGUCUUCCACUUCACCAACAAAACAACCACAUGUGUUACAAUCAGCUUUGUCAGACCCCUCCAUGACUGAAACUUCAAAUAAAAACAAGGUUGUGUCCCCAGAUCACAGCCCAUUUUCCAAUGUACCACCAGCAAAAACUGGCUUUCGUAUGAGUGAAGAAGACUUUCAGAGGAUCUUAAUGGCCGAUCCAGAUUCACUGAAGCAGUUGGAACAGAGCAUGAUGUACAGUCCAGUGCGAGCGAGGAGUAAAGCGUUCCCAGAUGACAGGUCAGCCAGGAGUAGCCUUGCAAGCCCCAUGGAAGGCAUCAUCCCAAGGCCAAGGUCAAACAGGUCAAGUUUGGCAAGCCCAGAUGCCAGCCCGGGCACGUUCCGCAGCCAGGUGCACAACAGGAGCUUUGGAAGCCCUGAAACUAGCCCCCUUACUGGUAGACCCCCAAGGAACCAGGGUACUGCUAGCAUCGAGGCCAGUCCACAAUCAAGACAAAGGCAAAUUCAAGAUCAGUCACUUGUUCCUGUAGAGAGCAGUCCCAAAUCUGGUACUAGACAGAAAAGCAAACUUCCAGUUCCAAGCAGCACAGAGGCGAGUCCAACUUCCCGGGGGAAACACAACCAGUCAUUCAGCAGUUCUGACGGUAGUCCACAGCCUCGCCAAAAACAAACACCAAACCAGUCUUUCAGCAGUGUAGAAGGUAGCCCUCGGUCUGGUAGACAAACUUUGAACCAGUCUUUUUCAAGUGUGGAAGCCAGUCCACCCUCUAGACAGAAAAAGCAAACAUCUUUGAGCAGUUCAGACAGCAGUCCUCAUUCGAGACAAAGAUUAAACCAGUCUACUAGCAGUUCAGAGCCAAGUCCACAAUCAGCUAGAAGUAAACUGAACCAGUCACAUAGUAGUAUUGAGGACAGUCCUCAGUCAGCAAGGCAAAAAAUAAACCAGUCUUUCAGUAGUUCAGAAGCCAGUCCACAAUCUUCCAGCAGACAUCUUGGUGCUAAUUAUAACCAGUCUAGUCCCCAGAAAGACGCAAAAAGGUAUGGACACAGUCCAACCUCUGGGAGAAAAUCUGCAGAGAGUCCCCAACUUGACUUCAAAGUAUUGGGAAAGAAAGAGCAACGAAAAGGCAGUAGUUCAGUCUCAAGCCCUUUAUCGCCUGAACAUACUCAGCCUAGAUGGGAGGAUCUUGCAGGCUUAAAUGAUUCUUUCAGCGAAAUCAACAUGGCUGUCUUCAACGACAACUGGAAGAAAUGUCUAGCACCUACUGGUGAUUCUAUACGCCAGUCUAAUACUACGUCAGGCUCAAGUGAGCAGCUUACGCCGCAGAAUGAUUACCAUGAAGUCAGCACAGGGACUGAUACAGUUGUUUUAGAACGUCCCUCAAUCAGGAGGAAAGCCAAUGUAAAUACUGCUCCAGUGGAAAGUAAGGUUGAAAAAGUUCGAAAUUCAAACGCUGAAAUUGAAACCUAUGACAAUGUUCCAGAACAUGAGGCUUUUCUGAUACAAAAACAACAAGAGAAGCAGUUAAGACAACAUCAACAGAAGCAACAGCCACAGUCACAGCAGCAGCCAACUCAACCACAACAGACACCCCAGCAACCAGCUCAACAGUCACAGCAGCAGAAGCAGCAGCAUCGGAAUCCUCGCUAUGUGAAACAUUUUACAGAUGAUAUUCUGGUCACACAGAGGCGGCCAGUUGUAACAAGGAGCCACACUGUGCCAGAAUCAGCUUCCCUUCCCCAGUCCCCGAUAUCAGGCCGGACCGGUAUCACCUCACCCACAGGGAUUCUGGAACAUGCCAGCAGUUUCGAAUCUGCCUCUACCAUAGCUGGGCAUUUGUAUGGUGUGCCAUUCGAAGGAGCUUUCUCAGAUCCUUCUGGAAUAAGGAAAUCAAAUACCACCCCUGCUCUGACAAGACAAACUUCCUUUGAUUCAUCCUAUAAAAAGUCAGUACGAGUAACCAGUCUAGGGUCUUCUUUUGAAGAAGCAGACUCAGAAAUCAGAACCAGUCAUUCUACCUCGAAUAUCCAAGGUCAAGGCUACCAGGGGUCCUUUGUUACAAUGACAGCAAAUGGGAGAAGCCUCUCAGAUAUGACAACAGGAGCGGGGUUUAGAUCAUCAACAAGGCAAUCAAACCAGUCUUCUGUUCUUAUUAGGUCAGAAAGUACCCAGUCUGCAGAUGUUGCCUUCUCAGAUGUGAACCAGUCUAAUCUGGCUGAUCAGAGCAGCAGUGCACAGUCUAGUGUUGGUACCCUGCUACCUCAAAUGCUGGAAGAAAUGGACGUUAAUGAAAGCUGCCUGGGUAUCGCCUCCCACCAGAAUAUGUCCAAUGAAAUGAAGGAGAUGAUGCAAGAACAAAUGAAGGAGCAUGCUGGGAUAUUAUCCCCGCUUGAUGAAGUCAUGGCACCAUUUUCUAGUAUCGGAUCACCCCGGUCAAAUACGAGGUCAUUCUUCGAUACCAGUCACCCAUUGGCUGGGUUUGAUAUGGAAUCUUCUAUAGAGCUACCUGCUGAUAUCGGCCUAGUCAAUCUACCAGAGGUUAAUAUUCAGUAUAUAUCUGAUGGUCCUACUCUCAUUGCCACACCAACGGUUCUAAGUCAGCUUCAUUUCACCCCAGCCAAUAACCAAAGGCCCCAUCAGCCCAUUGACAACACAGAGGAAGAAUUUCAAAAUGCAAUUAAUGAUGACCUAGAGAGAAACAUGGCUAGUUUACAAGGUUACAUGCCACACCAUGCAAAUGUUUGUGAACAGCCAGACAGGUUUGGUGAUGAUGUUUCCUGUGAGAGGGUUAACGGUAGAGAAAUACCACUGUCUGACAUUAGAGGCUCAGUGCAAGUGAAGUAUACACCUGUGCCUGGGACUCAGGGAGGUCUACAAGCACCUGGCCUAGAACAUCUAGUGAUUAUCCCAGCUGUGACAGUCAUGGACACCCCUCCACCCGUGAUGCAAGAUUCCAUGUCCAGUUCAACUUCUUCCCAGGUCGACCUGAUGAGCACAAGCUUUACCUACCCUCAGAACUUUGACUCCUGGCACUACCACAGCCCAACCGUUGAUGGCCUCAGUAUGCAGGGAGAUCUAGCCCCACCCCCUCUGGAGAUGAUCGAGGUGUGCAAGUCUGUUCUUGUGCGAUCCAAGCCGCCGAGUGGUAGAGGUAAAACAGGCCAGAAACUUCUGUGGGAAUAUCCUGUAAUCUUGGAUACAAAUAAACGUGAAGAUGUGAAAAAGAAAACUGAGAGAAUUAAGUCUGUGCCCUCAGCUCAGGAUAACUUCAGUUCUGAACGGGGUGAGGAGAUUCUUGUCUUGGAUAAUAAGCCGAGUUUGCAGAAAAAGACGGGAGGUGAGCCAAAGUCGAAAGUUAAAAGUAAACAGAUUGGAGAUGUAGUUGAUUCUGACCAAGGUGAAAACUCUGCAUCAGAGGACGAUGUUUUUGUUGACCCAAGUGAGGUAACGCCGGAAACUAGCUUCUAUGCUGCUGGGUCUAAAUAUUUCAAAAGAAGGGACUUUCUGAGUUACGGGCAUUUCCCUGCUGGUGUUUUAGGGGAGGGGGAAGGAAGAGAUGACCAAGUGUUUAGCUUUGAGAUGCCUCCUAGAACAUCUCUUGAUGAAAGUAUGCUAGCUAGAUAUGGGGAAAUGGCAGAGCACCAAGCAGCGUUAGAUGGUGAUGUGUCUGACAUCCGGGGGGACUUGAUGGAUAUUGGUCAUGAAAGUGCUGAAGAUAUUCGGUUUAGUAAAGCUCACCGGUCCAGUAAACUGCUGACUUUGUGUGAACGGUUUGAAAUUACACAGGAUAGGCCAGAUUCUGGUGAAAUCGAUAAGAAGAAGAUGAUCACUCCACCGGAAAAAAACAUUGUGUCUUCUAUCAGACAGAUGCAUGAGUCACUGGAAAUCGACAAUAAGGAUGGGGAACCAACUGAUGCAGGCCAAGCACAGAGAACCAGGAAACCAUCUCACGAUGAUGAUACUGGAAAAACCACUGAAUUGAGUGUGGUAAUUUGUAAAACGCCUACGAAAGAUGGUGCGUUUGGGUUUGGUGAGACAAGUCAGAAAAGUCCAGUAGGAAUUCCUGUGGCAAGCAGAUCCAAAGACAUGCAUUCACCGCAAGGAAAGCCGCCGAGAUAUAAGGGCAAAACACGAACGCCCAGCGAAUCAUCAUUAAGUGAAACGGAAGGCUUUAAAUCCACACAGGUAAAGAGCCGAACAGAUGUUUCUCCAAAAUUACGUUAUGAUGGCUCACCAAAGGGCCAGAGGCAAUCAACACUUUCUUCCGAAGAGGGGUCACCGAAGAUGCUCCCCCAUAGUGGUGCUGCGAAAGGUCAAAGGUAUUCCACAGAGGUGUCACCUAAACUCUCCUCCCGAGGCAAAGAGGGUCCUCCAGUGUUACCGAAACAUGGCGGCUCUCCGACUCUGCCUAAAACGGAGACUGGUAUGUCCAGAAUACCUGUUCCUAGACAGAAUAGUUUUACGAAAGACGACUCAAAAACAGACUCAAAUCUCAGUGUCAGCAGUUCACCGAAAGGUGCUAGGUCUAGCUGGGGUGGUGUUGAGAGCAGCAGCGCCAUUAAAAGAAACAGCGACCCAGGUGAUUCAGGGUCAAGGUCAAGAAUCCCGACAUCGGAUAGUAGCAAAGCAGACACGCUUUCUAAACUACCUACACCAAGUGCUCAAAAACUCAGAGAGAAAAGUGAUAAGGACAAAGCUGAGAAGAAAAAGAGAAGAGGUAGUAUUAAAGAGCUUACCAACAUUUUUGAGGAGAAAAUUGAAAAUUUAGGUAAAAGUUCCAAUGGUCAAUCCCCUUCACAAGUCAAACUUAGAAGUCGUGUGCGUAGUGUUUCACCUAACAGUGCCAUGAACAAAUCCCCAACGCAACUCCCUAAUGUUCGCCACAGUAUGGAAAUUCCCCCUGCCCACAGACUGGAUACCGGGGCUGGGUCAAGGUCCUCAGAAGGAAACAUUAAAAUGGGUUCGGUCAGAAUGGGCCCUAAACCAUUCUAUGGUGCUAAGUAGAAUGUGAUAGUUCUAAGUGAUAUGUACAUUGAUGUAAUUAAGAAAGAUUUAUGUGUUGUUAUAGUAACGUGGAUAUGUACAAUAUUAUCAUAAAUCAACUGUAAAUUGAGAAUGCAUUAUAAUUAUGUUCUCAUCUCAUGUAUGUCGUUAAAUAGUGCUAUUCUCGUAGUUGUGAGCUUCUUGCGUUACUGAUCUUGUUUCAAUAUGAGAGACCCAAUUUCUCCAAAUAUUGUUAGUUAGCUAAUCUCACUAUUUUUGUUUUGGUAUACUGUUUGUAGUAUUUGCAUUCUUCAGAGUUGUGGGACUUUUAUCUUUAUUAACUUAUUUUUAUUGAGAAGAAUCAGGAUUUAGGAAGAAAUAUGGCUUAAUGAGAUUGGCUUACUUAAGCUUGUUACGCGUAAGAUAAUUCUUGAAAAUUCUUAAUCAUAACAGGCUUUAGUAGCCUAUUUCAUUACUGGUUUAAGUAUCUUAUUGCACUAAGUCAAAUCAAAUGCUUAUACUUGAUAUAACAUUACAAAAAGCAGUUUUUCAUGCUUAUCUUAAAGAUAAUUUCCAUUAAAAGUCUUAAAAUUCUUCAUAAUGAAAAUAUUACAAAAAAACAACACCAAACCAAAACUAAGGGGCUUGGCUUGAUCCUGUUAUAGGGGAUUUGAGAUGUUUCCAGAAAUUGGGGUCAGUUUUGCACUAAGAUCACAUAAGUGGCUGAUGGUUGCCAUAGAAACAUUCUUGUAAUUUAUUCAUCUCAUAUGAGACUUCUUGUAUUUUAUGUUUGUUAUUUUGAUUCAAAUAAUAGAAUUAUGUCAUUAUUAGAUCUUUGUAUAGGAAAUUUAAGCUCAUUUGUGCUGGAUCACAUGUUUUCGGUAAUUGUCGCAAUUUCAUGCUGUUGUCAAGGUGAUGCUUGGUCUAACACAUUUGCAUAAAAUAUGGUGCUGUCUGGUAAAACAGUCAAAAUAUUAGUAAAAAAUUAAUACAAAUCAUUACCAUUUUCAUGUUGACAGUCGUCCUUAUGAAAUUCUGUCAUUUUUUUAUAUAUAUGUGUAAUAUAUAGUUCAAUGUGUAUAUACUUUAAAUAUGAAAAAUCCAUUACUUUUGCUGUAAUAUAUCUUAAAUAUGAACACUUUAUUACCUUUUCUGUGUAAAAUAGAGCUGAUCAUUAUUUAUGCCGAUUAGAACAUUAUCCUCAUAUGUAUAUUUAUCAAACAUGAAAUGUAAUUUCUGUCCAACUAAUAUUGAAAGCCCUAGGCAUUAAUAAUCUAUGUAUAAUUCAUUACUAUAUGUUAUUUUACAGUUAACUUCUAGUCACAUUUUUUUCUCAGAAUCGAUGUUGUAUACAUGUUGUGCAUUUAAAACUUUUUAAGAUACGCACUGAUUUUGAGUAAAAUAUCACGAGUUUAAUCAUACUGUUGUCGGACACAGGUUUUUGGUAAAAUAUCAGGAGCGGUAUUCAUAAAGCUUUUUAGUAACAAUUUUCGAUUUAGUGAAAGUUUGUUACUUUUGUCAAUGCAUAUUUAAAAUAAUGGAGAAUGGAAUGAAUAUUAUUAAUUUCUUCCUUUUCCAAAAUAGUAAUAUUUCUUUGCCUUUGAUCAUUACUUCAAAUUAAUUGAUCACUUAUUGUUAAGGUUUCCAUUUGGCAUUUAUUAAACCUUUUUUUAAACAGUAAUUUCACCCUUGCCUCCUUGGAGUCGUUUCUUUACAUUCAGUUUCACUCACAUACUGUGAUUUCACUUUGUCAUUAAUAUUGCAAUAUCCCACCAAGUUGAAAAUUAUCACUAAGAUGCUAUAUGAAUUUGGCUCCAGGUGUUUUCAUCAAGAUCCAAGGAGCAUUCGUAUACAGUUGAGAUUGUCAACAGUAAUGAUGCAUUGCUGAAAUUCUCCUCAAUGAAUGAUAAAGCUCCUUGUAGUUUUGAUGAAACAGCAUCCAGAAUAUGUAAAUUCUGUUCAUAAUGGUUCUAGUGUUAAAGCUGCACUCUCACAGAUUGACAGUUUUACUCUUUUUUUUAGUUUUCGUCUCGGAACCAGUUGAUUUUUGCUUCAAUUCAGUCAUAUAAGAUGAUUCACAAUAGUACAGAUCUCUGAAAACUGCCGAAAACCUCAUUUUUCUUAAAGCGUUAGUAAUGCUUUUAGUCAUGUAUAUAAAUUUUUGACCUUUAAUAUGAAAAACUGUGAUCUGAUCUUUUGUCAGCAGUUUUGUAUCACAGGUUUUUAGACAUUUAAACAAAAAUGGCUCAUUCCAAGACAAAAAAUAAAAAAGUUGUCAAAACAGUCUGUGAGAGUGCAGCUUUAAAACAUUGAAGUUUUUAAUGUCAGUUUAUUGAGAUUCGCUGAAAGGCCAGUUUAUUGUUCAAGUAUCAAGUUUUAACUUAUAUUUCAUUUUAUAAUGGUACUGCAUUUAGGUCUUACUCUUAGGUAUUUAUGAUUUUAUCCUCAAGUUUAUAUCUGUAGAUUUUAGAUGGCAGGUCUGUUUAAAUGCUGUUCCAUGUAUUUUCAAUCACCAAAUAUGAAAUGUUGCUUUGAACAAUCAAAAUUUUCUUUUCAUUUAUGGUUGUAAACAGAAAUCCAAAAUCAGAAUCAUUAUCAAUAAUAUAUAGAAUACAAUAAACAUAUAAUGUUUAUUCAAACUUUUGUCUAUUAAUGUUUCAGCAUUACGCCUUCAUAAUUUGUUUUAUUUAAUAAAAAGUUUUUAUUUUAUUUUUUUCUAUUUUUGAUCUUCAUUAUCGAAACUGAUCAUACUUUCUGGACCAUUUUCUCAUGUGUUUUUGUUUUCAUGAAGAACCCAGUUUAACCUUUUUUUGAUAAUCAUUUUCUGUUUAUUUCCAUUAUGUAUAGUCAAAAUAUAAAUGUAGCCUAAUUUAAACUUACUAUUAGUAAUCAACCAUCAAUUUCUUCCAUUUAGGGUCCAAACAUGUUUUAUUUCACCUUUUAGAUAACUUUUUUGUACCCAUUUUGUUUUAAUUUCUAUCUAAUUAACCACAUGGGCAUUACAACAGAGCCUGAAGGUUUCAAGAAAUCUUAAAGCUGCUCUCUCACAAACUGACAGUUUUGACCAUUUUUUUUCUCUCAGAAUCAGCUGAUUUUGGCAUCAGUGCCUUCAAUUCAGUCAUAUAAGAUAACUCACAAUAGAACAGAUCUCAAUUGUUUGGUAAACUGCCGAAAAUUUCAUUUUUCUUAAAGCAUUAGUAACCUUUCUAGCCAUAAAACAUCAAUUUUUAAACGUAAAUAUGAAAACUGUGAUCCUCUCUUUUGUCAGCAGUCUUAUAUCACUGGUUUCCAGACAUUUACGCCAACAUUUGCUCAUUCCAAGACAAAAAAAGGUUGUCAAAACAAUCAUUCUGUGAGAGUGCAGCUUUAAGUUCAGCCAAUAUGCAGGGGCAUUCUUUUUCAAAACUUAUAAUGAAUAUUUGGUGUUGUUUUAAUUUGUUCAUUUAUCUUUUAGGUAGUGAUUUUUUAUUUGGUUGAGUCGGUAGUUUCAACAAAUUAUUAUGACUUUUUUAAACUGUUUGUUGACUGAAAUUAACCUGAAACAGCUGUGAAAAGUUAACAAGCACUUACCUCUUGAGUAACUUUACAAAACUAGUACCUGUGUUUUAGCGACUUUUUGUGUGUUAGAAUAUAACCUGUUACAGUAUCUCUUGGGUGAUGUACACCCAUGCUAAAACCAUUAUGAUGUAUGUGCAAUAAAUACAAUGAAAUAUU